GACUUAUUAAACUACAGUAUCCAUAGACGUGUCUCUGAAUUUGUACGUCAUCAAUUUGCCUACAACGAAAACCUCUGCAGUGGUUAACUGGGAGGUGGUGUCCUUUUAAUUUACAACACUAAAUAUUACAUUUUAUUGGUGUGAAAAUCACGUAACAGGGGUCUCCCGAGAUGAGCAGUUCAGAGGAAGUGUCAUGGAUCUCCUGGUUCUGUGGACUGAGGGGAAACGAGUUUUUCUGUGAGGUGGAUGAGGACUACAUCCAGGACAAGUUCAACCUGACUGGGCUCAAUGAGCAGGUUCCCCACUACCGCCAGGCUCUGGACAUGAUCCUGGACCUAGAACCAGAUGAGGAGCUGGAGGACAACCCUAACCAGAGUGACCUCAUAGAGCAGGCAGCAGAGAUGCUCUACGGGCUGAUCCAUGCACGAUACAUCCUCACCAACCGGGGCAUCGCUCAGAUGUUGGAGAAGUAUCAGCAGGGGGACUUUGGCUACUGCCCCCGAGUCUAUUGUGAGAACCAGCCCAUGCUUCCCAUUGGUCUGUCGGACAUUCCGGGCGAGGCUAUGGUGAAGCUGUACUGCCCUAAGUGUAUGGACGUGUACACUCCCAAGUCCUCCCGGCACCACCACACGGACGGGGCCUACUUUGGCACUGGAUUCCCCCACAUGCUCUUUAUGGUGCACCCCGAGUACAGGCCCAAGAGGCCCGCCAACCAGUUUGUACCUAGGCUCUAUGGAUUCAAGAUCCACCCCAUGGCUUACCAGCUCCAGCUGCAAGCAGCCUCCAGCUUCAAGAGCCCUGUCAAAGCCAUCCGCUAAAGCCCAGAGUGAGAGUGGGAGAAGGAGAAAGGGAUGAUUGAGGAGACGGGUCAUCUGCACAAAGCUCCUUACAGAUGCCUCCUCUCUGUCCUGCAGACUUUAUUAUUUAGUUUAGAUUAGGAUGAUUGAGAACAAUGUGUAAAGACAAAAACGCCCAGCUUUCGAUCCCAAACCCUUACACACACAUACGCAUUUAGGAUUCCAUGCAUCUACGUCACCAAACUCAUCGGUGUCGAAACAUUAAAGGGGUAGGUGGAGGAAAGUCCAUGGAUGUUAUUGGAUUUGACGCCGCUGUUUCUUUUAGUGAUAUUACCACAUGUUGCCCCUAUGAACUCGCUCCACGGUGAGUUGUUUUCGGUCCUGUCUUUGGCACAGUUUGGUAAAGGGUCAUGGUAGACCAUCACCACUGGUUGAAUACCAAUUCCUCCGCCAUACCCAUGUACACUGUGGCUGGCACUCAGAGACCGCUUGGUUGAUGAUGAUGAUAAGGAGAAAAUUUGUCACUGAGGGUGUUGUCAUUUUACCUCUUCUGUAAACCAUUGUUUUACCAAGGCACUCGUGCAGGCUUGUAAUCACUCUUUUAUUGUGUGAUACUCAGAGGCCAGUGUGUCAAGGCGGUCAUUCACAAUACAAGUGUUCUGUCAAAUUUUCCUUAAACUUUGAGAAACUGCACAGGUGCUGUGGUUUACAGGAAGUCCACAUCUAGGGCAUAGUAUAGCUGUGCAUUUUUACACGCUAGAUGUAGGAUAGACACGAAUAAACCUGAAAUGAAUUAAAUGUUCUAGAAGGACCGGGAAAAUACAUAACAAAAUCACCUGCUGUCUCUGUGUGUCAUCCAAAACAACAGUCCUGUUUGUGCGGCACAGUGAGAAUGUCAGCUCUGUCACAUGUUGCUGGGUUAGUAUCACAGCAACAGUACCCAUCUCUCCACAACUGCACUGAUAACUGGUGUCCCUCCACACAUUAUUGUAGUAUUAUUUAUGUAAAAUCUAGUGACAGAAAAUCCGUUUUUAUUUUGUGAUGCAGUUGGGGUUUCGGCACCCUACUACAGGUGUACUUUUGAUUCCUUGUUGCAAAAAGUAGAACUCUUGAUAUGUUUUGAUCCAGAACAAUAAGGAUGAUUUGUCAAGAUUAUGAUUAAUGUGUGUGUGUUUUUUUUUAAACUGUGGACGAGUGACCAGGAUUCAGAAUUCUCAAUAAACGUUUUCUUUUCAUACAA